AUGGCCCGGUCCGCCCUGCUGCUCCUGUCGGUGCUGCUGCUCCUUGGGGCGCCCUCGACGGCGCGGGGGGAACCCAAGGGUGCCGGCCUCUGCAAGGUGAGCUUCCACCCGGGCGGCGCCCAGUGUCAGCAAUGGGGCCAGGGCGGGACAGACCGAGGAUGGGUCAACCUGGGUGCCUCCCCCGCGCCCGGAGGAGAAACCCGGCAAGGCCUGGAGUUGGCGCCUGUAUACACGGCCCUGAUCGUUCCAGCCGUCACCCCCAAGUUCAGGCGUGUGACCUCCGAUCUGUGGGUCCCCAUUGUCCCCCAGUCUGGGCCCCUGGGCCUGUCCUCGCCUUGCAGGACGCCCAAGGCGCCCCCGGUGAGUGUGGAGCUGUACUACGAGGCCCUGUGUUCCGGCUGCCGCGCCUUCCUCGUCCGCGAGCUGCUGCCCACCUGGCUCAUGAUGCUGGAGAUUCUGAACGUCACCCUCGUGCCCUACGGCAACGCACAGGAGCGGAAUGUCAGCGGCCAGUGGGAGUUCUCCUGCCAGCAUGGGGAGCGUGAGUGUCAGCUCAACAAGCUGGAGGCCUGCCUGUGGAGCCUGCUGGAGCAGGACAUAGCCCUGCUGACCAUCUCCUGCAUGGAGGAAAUGGACGACAUGGAACAGAACUGGAAGCUGUGUCUGCAGAUCUACCAGCCGGACCUGUCCCCACAGAGGGUGGCCCAGUGCGCCAGCGGGGAGGAGGGCAGCAGGCUUCUCCAUGUCAACGCCCAGCGCACGGACGCCCUGCAGCCCCCUCACCAAUACGUGCCCUGGGUGGUGGUCAACGGGAAGCCCAUGGACAAGCCGUGGAGACUGCUGCAGCUGGUGUGUCAGCUGUACCAGGGAGAGAAGCCCGAGCAGUGCCAAGCGGCCAGCAGCCCGGCCUGGGACGUCUGCGUCAGGUGAGGGACCCUCGUCACCCCCGACCGGACGCCCCUGGAGACCCCCCACCCGUGGUGCUGGCUGGAGAGAUCUGAUUACACAUCGGAGACCUGGAUGCCCGUUUACUCAAAGACAGAGACGGGGGCUGGGUGGCGACCCUGGUUAAGUGCACAUAGCACAGUGCUCAGGGACCCGGGUUCGAGCCCCCAGUCCCCACCUGCAGGGGGAAGCUUCAUGAGUGGUGGAGCAGGGCUGCAGGGGUCUGUCUGUCUUGUCUCUAUCUCCCCCGCCCCCUCAAUGUCUCUCUCUCUGCCCAAUAAUAAAGAUGAUUUUUUAAAAAAUAUUUGAAAGAGAAAGGAA